AUGGCCUGGAAGGUGGCGGGGGCGUUCAUCAGCCCGAAUGGCAUGGCACAGAACUGGAAACGUCGGCCCACGUCGGGAGGGCUGCUCCCCCUGUUGCCUCGGCACCGGCGCCACAUACGGUACCAGAGCUCCGGAGUCCUCGGGAACUUUGCGUGGUCCUCGUGCUCCUGCCCUCCGAACUCCGGCAGUUUGAGAGUGCCACCGUGGCGCGGUGCGAUAGUGGCCGCCGGCAUCGCUGACGGUCUGUCCAGCGCGAGCUCGGACGCGCGGCACAUGAACAGCCCAUUUCUGAAGAUGAGGAACUCCCAGGCCUCGGCCUUCGGGGAUGGGAGGUUGCUCACCCCGCUCGCCGUCGUCCCGGACUCCGGAAUGUGCCUAGGCGUCACUGCCAAAGAGUUCCUGCAGGCGGGCUGCCAGUCGGGCCGAAAUGGUUCGCGGCCGCGGGUCCUGCAGCUGGUCAACUGUGGUCCAGGUCUGUGCCUAGGCGUCACUGCCAAAGAGUUCCUGCAGGCGGGCUGCCAGUCGGGCCGAAAUGGUUCGCGGCCGCGGGUCCUGCAGCUGGUCAACUGUGGUCCAGGUCUGGAAAGGUUCUGGCUGACCGGCGUGCCUGCACCAGUGUUCGUCCAUUCAUUUGUCUGCGUGUUGGCAGUGCGAUGGUCGUCGGGGAUGGGGCGCCGGGGAAAGCGAGAACCUUCAGAGGGUACGGAGGAGGGCGAGGUGGCUGGGACACCUCAGGAUGUUGUCUCGUCUGGCGACUCGAGGGGUAUAAAGCUCCCGGGCCGACCCCUGGCCAGGCAUCAUUCCACUGCGGACCAGCUGACGCGCACACAUCGCAGAAUGUUCCUCAAGGUAGCGGUGCUCACCCUAGCUCUGUGCGUUCUCGCAACGGCAGAGGAGGACAAGAGCCAGAAGAAGAGGGGCAUCUUUGGCGAGUCUCUCGGGUCAGGUCUCGGCCUGGGCUACAGCUCUGGACUGGGCUAUGGAUCUGGCCUCGGCCUAGGGUACGGCUCCAGCUUGGGUUACAGCUCCGGCCUGGGCUAUGGCUCCAGCCUGGGCUAUGGCUCCGGCCUGGGAUAUGGCUCCAGCCUGGGCUAUGGUUCCGGCCUCGGCCUGGGAUACGGCUACGGCGCGGGAGUCGGCCUCGCUGGGCCCGUCCAGGAGUCGGUGACCAUCACGCGCAAAGUGCCGGUGGGCGUCCCGCAGCCGUACCCGGUCCACGUUCAGAACGACGUCCCGUACCCGGUCCCCCACCCGGUCGCCGUGCCCGUCUCCCGCCCCUACCCCGUCAAGGUCGCGCAGCCCGUGGCCGUGCCGGUGGACCGCCCCUACCCCGUCCCAGUGGAUAAGCCCGUCGCCGUGCCCGUCCCCCACUCCGUGCCCUACCCGGUCCCCCACCCGGUCGCCGUGCCCGUCUCCAAGCCGUACCCGGUCGCCGUGCCCAAGCCGUACGCCGUGCCGGUCGCGCAGCCCGUGGUCGUGGCCAAGGCCGCGCCGGUCAUCGCCGCCAUCGGCGGCGGGUACGGUGCGUCGUACGGCGCCGGCAUCGCGUCGUACGGAGCCGGCAUCUCGUCGUACGGAGCCGGCAUCUCGUCGUACGGAGCCGGCAUCUCGUCGUACGGCCACUCCAUCGCCUCGUUGGGGCACAGCGCAUGGUGAUGGCUUAGCAGCGACCGCCUCUCUUCCUUCGAGUACCGCUCUCUCCCUCAUCAAUCAUCUAUCACUCAUCUGCACUUCCUUACCUAGUCGCCUUUUUAUCGACAAAAUUUAAAUAAGAAAAGUGUAUCAUGUUUUAUUGUGCAAAUAAAUGUGUUUUUUUAAGCAAA